ACAUUUUAUUACGCCGACGGCAUUGAGAUUAUCUCGGUGCCUGCUGGCGUUUCUUACUUUGGAGGGAGAUAUGUUGGAGUUGAAUUGGUAGGGAAGUCUGUGGUCAAUGUUGAUAAUAGUACUGUGCUUGAAAUAGUUAGGAGAGUUAAUCUGAAACAGGAUUCUGUCUCAUCGUCUAAUGAUGCAAAUGGCAUGUUUGGGGUGUGGGAGAUGGCUUCUAGGAGGAAAGAAGCUAAAGUGAAGAGUGUUGAGUGGAGAACAUUGGUGGAUGUGGGAUUUAGGUAUUUGGUUAGGCUCCAUUUCUCCGAGCUAGGGCUCGAGAUGGCAGAGAUGAGAGGUGUUACUUUCAAAAUCUACAUUAAUGGUGUCAUUGUAAAUGCUGAUAUUGAGAGAAGAGAAGGGGAUUAUGAUCAUGAAGAUUCCAUCCCUUGGCAUAGGGACUACAUGGUGAUGAUCAAAGGGCUCAAACGUGAGGGUAAGCGUGAGAUCGUCAUUUGUCUUAAAUCCAAUGGCAAGGUUAUACAUGGACAUGGAAUCCUUGAAGGGUUUGAAGUUUUGAGGUUGAGUAACCCUGACAAUAGUUUGGCCAGUCCAAAUCCCUUGUCUUUGUCUUUCAGUUCAUCAAACUGGAUUAUCCAGAGUUUUGAUCAAGUUCUUGGUCGCAGAAAUACGAUUUCCACUUUUGUGAUAAUAUUACUUGCUUCUGUGAACACCACUGUACAUAUAUUGCGUCUAAUAUGGGAAGUCAGAUAUAGAGAGGAGGAAAACAUGCCAUCAGUUAAGGCUGGACGACUUUGUAGGCGCUUUUCACUUGCUGAGAUCCAAUCAGCCACAAGAAACUUCAACGAUGCACAUCUCAUUGGAAGGGGAGGAUUUGGCAAAGUUUAUAUAGGCAGCAUUGACAAUGGGCAAGUGACAGUGGCCAUAAAGCGACUGAGAUCAAAUUCGAACCAAGGGCAAAGAGAAUUUUUGACAGAGAUUGAAACACUAACUGAGCUCAGACAUGUUAAUUUGGUGUCCCUAAUUGGCUACUGCUAUGACCGUAGAGAAAUGAUUCUCGUUUAUGAUUACAUGGCCUAUGGAACAUUGAGCGACCACCUUUACAAACUUUCGAGCAAAGGUGUUAAGUGCUCAUCUCUAACGUGGAAAGAGCGCCUUACUAUAUGCGUUGGAGCUGGUCGAGGACUAGACUAUCUUCACACUGGCCACUCACUCAUACAUCGGGAUGUUAAGGCUUCAAAUAUUCUCCUUGAUGAGAAAUUUGUUGCCAAGGUUGCAGACUUUGGCUUGGCUAGGCACAUGAAUAUGAGAACAUCACAUACUCACGUUAGCACAAAAGUUAAGGGUACGUUUGGGUACUUAGACCCAAAUUAUUACACCACAGGUAAACUAACAAUGAAAAGUGACACAUUUUCUUUUGGGGUGGUUUUGCUGGAAGUACUUUGUGGAAGACCGGCUGUGGAUGCAGGGGCCGGAGAGGAUAAAUUGCUGCUGACUAAGUGGGCCCGAGAAAAUAUUAGCAAGGGAAAAUUUGACCAAAUUGUAGCUCCAGAUCUAAUGGGUGAAAUCUCAGAAGAUAGCCUAAAGGCAUUUGUUGAGGUUGCUGAAAGAUGCUUGCAUGAUGAUCCAAGGGAACGGCCAACAAUGGCUCAAGUCGUGCUACAGCUCGAGUAUGCUCUUAAGCAGCAGGAUACCUCAAAAUCCAUGCCACAGAAUGUUAAUGAUCCUCACUCAUCCAACAAAGAAGCUAACUUGUCGAGUAAUGUUCAGCAGCUCGAGCAGAACACACCCAGUCCCAAAGACCAAACCAACAGAAUCGGAUUUGUUAAUAUUAAGCCUCCACCUCUAUAUGAAAGAGAAGAUUGGGGAAAAGCCACGACACAGAGACCAUCACGACUUAGGCCAUGGGAUGCAUUUUGGAGUAGAGUUAAGCCAUCUGGCAAUUAUGAAGAUCGUGCAACGGAAACAAUGCAAAACUACAAACAUUCUAUGGAUAUGUUGCAUAACAAUGUCCCUGCCACUAUCCCACUAGAUGAAUUAGCAGAGAUUACUGAUGAUUUUGAUGUCAAGUCUCUUAUUGGUGAGGGAUCGAGUGGAAAGGUAUACCAUGGAGUACUCAAAAGUGGUCUGGCUGCUGCAAUAAAAAAGCUCGAUUCUAGCAAUCAGGGAGAGAAAGUACUUUUAGCACAGGUUUCCACAGUAAAGCACAAAAAUGUGGUUGAGCUGCUUGGUUAUUGUGUAGAUGGUGGUUUGCGAGCCUUGGCUUAUGAGUUUGCUCCAAAUGGUUCCCUGCAUGAUAUUCUCCAUGGACGAAAAGGUAUCAGGGGUUCAGGGCCGGGUCAAGCUCUGUCGUGGCCUCAGAGAGUAAAAUUUUCUGUCGGAGCUGCAAAAGGGCUGGAGUACAUCCAUUUGAAGGGGCAGAUUCAUGGGGAUGUCAAAUCCAGCAGCAUUCUUAUUUUCGAUGACUACGGAGUUGCUAAGAUCUCUGAUUUUGAUCUUUCAAAUCAAGCUACUGGCACUCGCCUUAAUUCCUCUGGUUAUCAUGCUCCUGAAUUCAUUACUAGUGGCCAGCAAAGCUGGAGGAGUGAUGUUUACAGCUUUGGCGUUGUACUUCUAGAACUUCUAACUGGACGUAAACCUGUUAGUAAUACACAGACAGGUGGAGAGCCGGAUCUUGUGACAUGGGCAAUGAAAAAUCUUAUUGAAGACCAGGUAAAGGACUAUGUUGAUGUUAGAAUGAAAGGAGACUACCCUUUUAAGGCAGUUGCUAAGAUGGCUUCACUUGCUAUCUCGUGUGUGCAAUAUCAAGCCGGUUUCCGUCCAAAUAUGAGCAUUGUAGUAAAAGCUCUCCACCCUCUGCUGAAUAGUGCAUCAAAUCCUACUGGUCAAGCAUCAAAUUUAAAGUUAGAAAGGCGCCGUUAUGUGGAGCAGUGGAUGAACCAUUGUCGCUUUCCAGAUGAACUAAGAAGGCAAGUCCGAGAAGCCGAGCGUCUUAAUUGGGCUGCCACCAGUAUGUUCAAUGAAGAUAUGCUGAUGGAGAAGUUGCCAGAAAACCUUCAAAAGGAUAUACGUCAUCAUCUCCACGGAUUUGUUAAGAACCUCCAGCCUUUACGGUUUUUAGAUCAACGAGUAAUAGAUGCUAUAUGUGAAAGGCUAAGAACAAAAACAUAUGCGAGAGGGAGCACAAUACUUUAUCCCGGUGGUCGUGUCAAUAAGAUUGUUUUCAUAAUUCAAGGAAAGAUGGAGAUCAGCUUUGUGGAUGAAUUCACUACUUGUCUCUUGUCAGAAGGGGAUUGUUGUGGAGAAACACUCCUUCCUGGCUGCCUCGAAAACUCUUCAGUGAAUACAGAUGGAGGAGGCAUGAGUGCUGGGCCGACUUUAAGCGACAGUCUAGUUCGAUGUUUGACAAAUGUAGAAGCAUUGGUAUUGCAAGAUGUGGAUCUGGAACAAGUGAUCUGCCUUUUUGCUAGAUUCAUUGAUGCCAGGCGCAUCAAAUGGGCUGCAAGAUAUAUAUCGCCUCACUGGAGAAAGCUCGCAGCUCGACGUAUUCAAGCUUCAUGGAGACACAGAAAGACACUACGAAGUAAUCACUCUCCAUGAUCGUAAUUGGUAAAUCUUCCGACUCUGCAUGCUCUUGUGUGCUCGUAUAUAUAUUGUAUACUGAAAACUGGCUUAUAUGGACGAUAAAGUGCAACUCAGUUGAUAAGACGUUUUCGUUUCCCACCAACGAGAGGUGUGGUGUGUGAGCAUGUUAAAUAUUCUUAUGUUUCUUUUAAUAUAAAAUUGUGGGGGUGCAUCUAUUAUA